AAAUCAGCCUCCUAUCGAAACACUGCGGCUGUCUUCAGUAUUGAUGACGACGAUGAGGAGGACGAUGAACUUCCCGAGCUUUCUCUUCAGCCUAAUCCUCGUACCCUUCCCAAAGAAUCUGCGGACAAGAAGCUUCAUUCAACUUUGGUCACAAACCUCGAAACUUGCUUACCACGCCAGUUAAUUCAUCUUCAGGAUUGUCGAAGAAUGCCUGGCGUGACUAACAGUUUCGACUGUGUACUUUUGGGACCUGAUGAAAUGCCAUCUUAUCGGGGUAUUAUACUCAUCACAGAGAAAUGCAUGAUAGUGGUAAGAGAGCGCGAGAAACCGUUAUUAGAGACGUUGGGAAACUUUGUUCAAAAAGCCUUCCUCAAAAAGGUGGCGAUCCCAUAUAAGACUGUGGAUGGGAUCGUUGAGGUUUCAUUUCCCAUAAGUCAGGUGACGAAAAUAACAUCUAAAAAGGUGACUCCAGAGGUUAUUUCAUUCCAUUGUGUCACUGAUCCUUCUUUGGAGACCCGAGAGAUCAUUCGUUUGUAUAUCCCCAAAGCGGGCGAUGCUGUGAAGGUUAUUAAGACUGCUGUUUUCAAUAGCAAUGGAAUCAGCUAA